AUGAAGCUCUCAAAGACUUUGCUCCUACUGGGAGCCCACUGUGGUGCCGCCCUAGGUCAAACCAACAGCACGAACGGGACAAGCCCUGCAAUAUAUCCUCUCAGCACCGAUGACUUCUUCUCCUUCUUCCUCCAGGAGAUGCUCGCCAUGUCCGCCAGCGGUGGUGCGGCAACAGGCGAAGUGCUGCGAGCCGCCGCCCAGAUUACGCCCGGUGACUUCGAAAGCGUCUAUACCGAGUUCAAGUUCCUGGCCGACUCCUUGCACAGUACCGCCACGUCGAUCAAUGUCACCCGGUUUCCCGUAUCCGCACGUGAGGCCUACUUGCGGGCUGCCUCUUACUACAGAGCGUCGGUGUUUUUCCUGGUCGGCAACCAGACGGACCCCAGGCUCUUCGACAUCUGGGACAUCGCAACAUCGGACUUCGAUAUCGCGCAGUCUCUGUCCGCUAUUCCAGGCGAGAGAGUGGUGGUCAAGGGCGACGGCUUCGACAUUCCCGUCAUAUUCUGGAAGUCUCCCCAAUCCCCUGAUGGGCCCGUGCCGACGAUCCUGCUCGGGAACGGAUACGACGCGCCCCAGGAGGAGUCCUAUCACGAGCUGGGCCGCGAAAUCCUCGACCGCGGCUGGAACGUCGUAACGUACGAAGGGCCCGGGCAGCCUACAGUCCGCCGUGACCAAGGCAUUGGGUUCAUCCACGACUGGUGGACCGUUGUCACGCCGGUGGUCGACUACCUGGAGACAAGGGACGAGGUAGACAACCAACGUAUAGCACUGGGAGGCAUCUCGUUCGGCGGGACACUCGCACCCCUUGCUGCAUCCAAAGAACACCGCAUCGCCGCAGUACUAGCCAUCGAUGGACUGUACAGUCUGCAGAAGUCAACGAUGUCACAAUUCCCGACAGACCUGACAGCGCUCUUCGAGAGCGGCAACCAGACAGCCUUCGACGCCUACAUGAACGCUGUGUUGGCCAGUCCGCAAGCCCCGACGCAGUUCAAGUGGUUUAUCCAGCAAGGCCUGUGGACGUUCAACACGGACAGCCCCUACGACUGGUUCACGCGGCUCGGGGAGAUCAGCCUGAACGAGGAAGUUCUGGGGAACAUUACCUGCCCGGUCUUCGUUGGCAGGGGUCAGGAUGACGAUACGGCGGGCGGUCAGGAGAAGGAGGUGGCGGAUAUCCUGGGCGACAAGGGUUAUUAUCAUGAGUUCCAGACUGCGCUAGGUGCUGGAGAGCAUUGCCAGCUGGGGGCGGAAUCACAGCUCGCUCAGGUUACGAUGGACUGGCUAGCUGGGGUAUUCGAGGACAUUUCUUGA